AUGAAAGAGCCUUUACGUCCCACUUUAUCUCUCUAUAUAAUGCGUAUGCUUCCUCCAAAUCGCAAAUAUGCGCUUUCAAGUGAGCAGCAAGGUGUUGAAGGUUCGGGAAAUGGAGAAAAGAAUUUAUUCGUGUUUGGGGAUUCGUAUGCUGAUACGGGAAACACCAGGAUAGCUUUGGCAAGUUCAUGGAAAUUCCCUUACGGAAUUACCUUUCCUGGGAAACCUGACGGCCGAGUCUCUACUGAUUUCAUUGCGGGUUACUUGGGAAUGAAGACACCACUACCAUACAGAUGGAGGAAACAACUGGUGGGUCGGGUGAAAUACGGAUUGAACUUUGCUCAUGGAGGGACUGGGGUUUUCGAUACGUUGGCUCCGCAUCCAAACAUGACGACUCAGAUCGAUUUUCUGCAACAGUUGAUCAAUGACUCCGUUUACACCAAGAGGAACUUGAAAACUUCUUUAGCAUUUGUCAGUGCUUCAGGCAAUGACUACUUCAAUUACACUGCCAUGAACGGCUCUACAGAGGGUUUUCCGGCCUUUAUUUCAAGCGUCGUGAGCCAACUGACUGUGAAUAUGAGACGCAUACAUGGCUUGGGAGUGGGGAAAAUAACUGUGGGUUCCCUGCCACCAUUGGGGUGUCUUCCGGAGAACACCGCCCUGUCCUCCUUUCAACGGUGCAACCAAGCUCAAAACGCCCUUGUUAAUCUCCACAACCGGCAGCUGUUUCAAGCGGUCACCAAUCUCAACAACCAGACCAACUCCACUUCUUUCUUCAUUCUUGACAUUCAUGAUGCCUUUUGGACCGUUCUCAAUCAAACACAAGCACAUAAAGGACCACAAUUUGAGAACCCAUUACAGCCAUGUUGCGUGGGAGUGAGUGCUGCAUUUUCACUAUGCAAGUGUGGACGAAAAUGGGGUAAACAAGUACACGUUUUGCUCAAAUCCUAAAUAAAACUUCUUUUGGGAUACACUUCACCCU